AUGAACACUCGAGUUUCGAAUGAAUUAGGAGCUGGGAAUCCACGACGAGCUCGCGUAGCUGUCUUUGCUGUGAUGCUCCUUGCUGUCAUAGAAACCACAAUUGUAAGUGCAACCCUCUUUGCCAGCCGUCAUGCUUUCGGCUACGCAUUCAGCAAUGAAAAGGAAGUUGUGGACUAUGUCACAGCCAUGGCUCCUCUGGUUUGUGUAAAUGUUAUAGUGGAUAGUAUACAAGGAGUGUUUUCAGGUUAG